UUCAAUGUCAAUGCAAAGUCACUAAAAUUUCGUUGUGAUCGUCGGCCGCUACAACUAGAAAUAUUAUAAACAAUUCGUAUAUUAAUAUAAUUCGUAUUUCGCAACCGCAAAUAAAACGCUAACAAUGUACAGAAAUCGACAUCGGGCAUCUUAUAGUCGAGCACAAUCGGUUGCAGUUUUUGUGUUUGUUCUUUUAGUGCUGCUUUUCAUAACUUUCUUGAGAAAGAAAUUACGUCAAUUCUUUACCUAAAUUCAUUUGACUGCCUCAACAAAUACAUAUAUGAAAUUUAUAGUUUAUAUUACUUAAGAAUAAAUGAGAUUAUAUCAACGAAAAUGAAUUAUUUUACAAGUGCUGAUAAGAAACAAAUGUUUAGUGAUGAUAAGAAACCUACUUCAGAAAAAAUCUUAUCACUUAGUGUCAUAAAAGCAUGCAAACUUACAAUAGGAGGGGCUUGACUUUUUUAUUACUGACAAUAUGACAAUAUUUGCAAACAACAAUUUAGUUUACUUAUAAGUUUUACGUGUUAUCGCCUAAAAAUCGAACACUCCAAACAAUGUGAAUAGUUUUUAGUAGUCGCAAUCAUUAGUUAGUUGGAAUCAGUCGAUGCUCUAAGGUGCAGCGUUAGGCAAUUAAAAUAUGAAUUUGGCUGGCAAAAAUGUGGUUUACCUUGGUGGAUUCGGCGGCAUAGGCGAAAAAACAUGCAACGAAAUUCUCGAGCAUCGAUUGCAGGCGUUGGCUAUAUUCGACUUGACGUUGAACGAAAAAAUUUUGACGCAAUGGCAGCUGAAAUAUCCGAAUACUAAAAUAUUCUACCAAAAAGUGGACAUUACGGAAAAAUCUCAAAUUGAGGAAGCUUACAAGGUGGCUAAAGAACGUUUGGGGCAUUUUGAUCUCGUUAUUAAUGGCAUGGGAUUCUUAGAUGAUCGACGAAUUGUGUUGACUCUACAAAUAAAUUUGCUGGGCGUUAUCAACAGCUGCCUGAUAGCCCUUGAGCACAUGGACAAGUCCAAGGGGGGUCGGGGUGGCAUGAUUGUGAACAUCUCAUCGGUGGCUGGAAUAGAACCAACUCCCAUUAUGUCAGUCUAUUCGGCAUCUAAGCACGGAGUUACGGCUUUUACUCGCUGUCUUGCGGGUCCUUUUUUCGCAUCCUCUGGCGUCAGUUUUGUGACUGUUUGCCCGGGCAUGACGGCAACUACUUUGAUCAAUAAUAUGGAGGAUCGGACUAUAUAUAAAUUUGACAUACCCCCAGAACUUGAUGCUAACAAAAUGAAGCGUCAAUCAGUCCAAGUUUGUGCAAAGAACAUUGUCAAAGUCGUUCAGCAGGCUAAAAAUGGAUCAGCUUGGCUUCUAGACGUAGGUGAGCUUAAAGAAAUCGAGUUUCCUGUGAUGUGGAUACCCCCCAUGGAUUCAUAGUUUUAAAUAUACGAAUUGCCUUAGAAUUCUAUAAUAAUCUUUUCCCGCAACCAUGCUUAGACAUUAUAAAAAUAGCAUUAUAUAUUUCUUAUACAUAUACUUACUUCCAGCUUCAAUGAGCAUUCCGUUAAUUAUAAGAAUAUAUACUAACUA